AUGACUUCAACGGACACUUUUCGGCUGGAAACAUACGGGUCAUCGUGGUCAAAUUCUGUCAUGAAGCAGACGGGUUGCAUUGCGGGAGAUGUUUGGAUGAACGUCACGGCCACGAUGCUUUGCUGCAAUGAACUUGGAGGGGAGAUGCUCAGCGCGAACGGCUCGUAUGGAUGCGCUUAUGUCCAGAAUACAUUUCCUGCUACAACACAAUCAGUAAAAGCUUGGGCGAAUUGCAGUAGUACUGGUUUUAUGUGUGAGCUACCAUCAACCUAUUCGAACUACACCGGUCGGCCGUCGGGCAAUACUACUACUACUAGUGGAGGUGUUGGCAUUGGAGGCAGCCUUAUGAUUGGAUUGCUUUUGUUCGGAGUAAUGGCUCAGGUGGCGCUUACUACCCUGUCACGUCGACUUCGUACAAAAUGUAAGGACGGACUCGGAAUGUUUGCUCCCGCAAAAAAAUUCGCGUGCCUGAAGACUCCUCGAGUUUCUCCCUCGCCAAAGGCGACGCUAGGUGCUAAAAACUUGCGCGUGCCGUGCCUCUUGCCAACUGAGAUGGGCACAUGUGGGCAAGGAUUGUCUGUUACUGCAUAUGUCAUCGACUUCAUGGACUACGUACAGGCUCAGCAACGUUGCACUGAGGACGAAGUAGUGUUGCCGCGAAGCGAACUGAAACGAAUCGAAGUGAAAAUUAGAUACACUUUGGUACACUUCGAUGUGGACGAACCUUACGAUAUAAUCCAAGAGACUAGUGCCUCGAGCACCGAUGAUGAUACAUUGGCACACCGAAGUGUGCACGUUUCUUUGCUGGAAGAGAACUCGGAAGACACGUUCAAAACGGACAGAUGA